AUGUUCCUCCCCAUCCUCCUCUCGGUCGCCGGCCUGUUCACGACGACAGCCGCCCAAACCACCAACCCCCCAAUCCGCUACAUGCCCUUCGGCGACUCCAUAACGGAAAUAAUCUGCUGGCGUUCCAAGCUCUGGCAACGCCUCCAGACCACGCCCUUCAACUCCUCCACCGUCGACUUUGUCGGCAGCGGCAAAACAGAAAACAACUGCCGCGACACGACCUACGACCGCGACAACGAAGGCCACUCUGGUUUCCUCGCUAUCGAUAUCGCAAACAAGGGCCAGUUGGAUGGGUGGCUGAAAAGUAAUCCUGCAGAUGUGAUCACGAUGCAUUUGGGCACGAAUGAUAUUGUGCAGCAGAAUAAGGCGGUGGCGGAUAUUAUCAAGGCGUUUGGGACGUUGGUGGGGAGUAUGAGGGGGGCGAAUCCGAGGAUGAAGAUUGUGGUCGCGCAAAUCAUCCCCAUGGGCUUUGGCAGCUACAACACCAAGAUCCAAGAUCUGAAUCGCGCAAUCAUUCCUUGGGCUCAGGGUCUCAAUACGACGGAAAGCCCCAUCUGGGUUGUGGACCAGUAUACGGGGUUCAGUGGGACGGCGGAUUUGAGGGAUGGAAUACAUCCGAAUGAUAGUGGGGAUGUCAAGAUGGCGAAUGUAUGGUUCCCGGCGGUUGUCAAGGCUUUUGAAGCGCGCCACGUGAACAGACAAGAACUCGUCGCCUGGUUGAACAACCUCCUCCAGCUCAACAUCACCAAAGUCGAACAAUGCGGAACCGGAGCAGCGCUGUGCCAAGUCUUCGACAGCAUAUUCUACGAUGUGCCCAUGUCGCGAGUCAAGUUCAAUGCGAACACUGAGUACGCAUACCUGCAGAAUUUCAAGGUAUUACAGAACACGUUCGCCAAGCACCAUGUCGACAAGCCCAUCCGCGUCGAGUCGCUCGUAAAGUGCAAGAUGCAGGACAACCUCGAGUUCCUCCAAUUCGUCAAGCAGUACUGGGACCAGCAUUUCCCCGGCCACGAGUACGACCCCGUCGCCCGCCGCAAGGGUCAGGGCGGUGUCGCGACCGGAGCCACACCUGCACCCCGCGCCGCAGCAUCGACUGCUCGAAGAGCACCAGCUGCUAGCAACACGGCUGCGCCUAGGACACGCACACCGCUUGCCUCUGGGGGAGGAGCCGCCAGCGCCGCUCUGCGCGAGGAGAACAGUGCUCUCAAGGAGACUGUCACGGGCCUCGAGCGCGAGAGGGACUUUUACUUCAGCAAGCUGCGCGACAUUGAAUUGCUGAUCCAGCAAGCAAUGGAGGCCGACCCCGAGCUCGAGAAGGACGAGGGGCUGCUCAAGCAGAUCCAAAACAUUCUCUACUCUACCGAAGAGGGUUUCGAGAUCCCACCAGAGGCUGAGGGCGAGGGUGCGGAGGAGGAGACGUUCUAG